AUGGCUGACCUCGAGCGGUUUGAACGCGUUUUUCGCGCCGAAGUUCAGAGGAAAAAGGAUGCAAAUGAGCCACUGCCUUCGUGGGGAGAUGUCAAGAAAUUCGUCAAGUCAAACCAGUUAUUCGAUGAAGACGAAAUGGGGGAUUCAGAUUUCAAAGCACGCCUCAAGGAACUGGCAACAAAAAUCGCCGUAGAGGCUGUAUCAAACGACACAGAAGACAAGGAACCAUCAAAUACAAAAGUUGCAAAGUCUGGUUCGAAGAAGCGCAAGCCAGCCGAAGACGCAGAAGAGGAACAUCCACCAGCCAAGAAGGCGAAGAAAGAGCAGAAAUUGAGUGUGAAAGAGAAGGUUGGUCCGAGCAAGAGUCAGGCUGUUAUCGACAGCGAUGAAGAAGAAGAGCCAGAGACUAAAUUCAAACCCUCAAAGCCCGGUAAUCGAAAAGCAAAGCCAGUCGAUUCGGACAGCGACAACAAUUCGGAUCCCAAACCGCCUAAAACACCAGAGGCUGGUAGUCUCAGUCCUCCAGGGAAGAAGGGGAGGGCCCCGGCUGCUGCUGUGGUGGAGCUGAGCGAUUCUGACCUCUCUGUGCUUGACAACAACAGCCCUGUCAAGCCGAAAAAGACAAAGGGAGAGCCAAAGAAGAAGAGAGCUUCCAAACAAACAGAUGCGCCAAAAGAGAAAAAAUCCAAAGGAAAGGGAAAGUCUGAUGUACCAGCGGACAGCAACGAAGAGCAAGUCAAACGCCUCAAAUCUUUCGUGGUUGCUUGUGGCGUGAGGAAGAAAUGGGCAAAAGAGUUUGAGGGCAUCGAGGACAACCCAAAGAAACAAAUCUCACGACUUAAAGAGAUCUUAGAAGGACUUGGAAUGACGGGUCGACUGAGCAUGGAAAAGGCCAAGCAGAUCAAGGCACAGCGAGAGUUUGCAGAGGAACUUGAGGAUAUCAAGCAGUUUGACGCUCGUCGUGGUGUUGCAAAAGAAGAGAAGAGCAAGCGUCCUCAGAAGAAGCAUGACCCAGAACCUUCAUCGGGGGAUGAAGAAGAGGUAGUGACUAGAUCCUCCGCUCCUAAGAGAAAGACCAAUCCUUUGGCAUUUCUGGAUGUUCAAAGUGAUGAAGAAUGA